AUGUUGAUGAAGGAUCGCAUUCUCAUGGAGCAAUGGCUGGAGGAGCUGUUGAACGGGCUGACUUUAUCCUGCCAAGUGCUUUCCUCGAUGAACCGAAAAGCGCACUGGGUGAUCGGUGCCGGUAAAGCAGCCCACUCCAAUGAACGUCAGGCCAGUGGAAGUGGCUCGUCCUCCUCGACUUCCACCAACCUCAGCACAGUCCAGUCGUCCGGUGCUGGGCAGGACGAGUCAGCCCGGCUGGCCGGCCCGUCUGUUGGUAGCCCAACGGGUCUGGACCGAUGUGGUCGAUCCGACAAUGUGGGCUUUGCGGGUACCCGUGAAGGCAAUCGUCGAGUGGGUCCAUCUCCUGAUCGGCGAUUUGGCCAGACCACCUUGACGACCGCCGCCAUAAGUUCGCUGGGCCAAGUUGGCUCAACUACUUUCGGCAACGAUGGGGGCCGGCCGGCCAGGCUGGUGGCCCGAGCCAGCGAAAGCUUGAAGGCAGGAAUUGCACCUUUAAAACAGUUCCGCAGCGGCCAGCGAAUUGAAGAAGCGAUAGCCACUAAGACUGGCGGAGACGAAUAG